UAGAAAAAGAGCAGCAGAGGAGAACAGCUUUGAAGAAAGCUAGAAGUAAACAUAAAAAGAGGAGAAAUAAUGGUGAGUCACCUCCAAGGAAUCUAUCCAUGCAUACAGAGAUUCCAUCAGAUAUGAACCUGACGGUAUCGGAUGAAAUUCCUGUGGUCAAUCCAGAAACAGAUGAAGAAGUUUAUGUAGAGUGUUUUGCCAGUAAAGACAGUGGUGUAUUUGUGGGUCCAUCUGGUAAACCACCUACACCUGAAGACCCGUUUGUAAUGUCUCGAACCCUAGACCAGAAGGGGUUCGGUACUGGGGUGUUACUACUACGCCCCUUGCAGGAGAAGACAAUUCAGAUGGUUAGCCGAGGCACUCUGAUUUUCCUGUUAGAGCGAGGUGCCGUUACACUAACCAUACACAGAGCUUCUGUUGUCAUGGAGGCUGGCGACUCUGCCUUUGUUCCCAGAGGGAACACAUACAGCAUGAAAAAUCUACGCUCAGAAGAGGCAAAAUUUUCCUACACAGUUUUGAAGGAAGCGUGAUAAUACCAUGUGGAAACCUUAAACUUUGACCAUACGAUACACUUUGAUGACAUCGUACAUAAAACAGAUUCCCACGUGUGUUAUUCAGGCUCAAGUCCCAUCAUAUUAUUUUCUGAAAAAUCUAUCAGAAUCAAUCCCCUGUGUGAAGUAUAUGACAUCAAAAGGUUCUGGUUUGAUUAGUGUAGGAAUCAUUAUAACUGGUUUUACAGGAGGAUUGCUUGGAAGGAUUUACCUGAACUUGUUUAUGGUCGAUGAGGCUAUACAUGUCAACAAAGACAGGAAGGCGACAACUCUUAUACAAAAGAUGAUCGAUAAAGAUGAUGGCUUAAAUCCAAACUUUCAAUGUUUUGUUUUCUUCUUUUUUCUUCUUUGUUACCCCUCCCCCAAUUAAUCAUGAGUUAUUGAUGUUCCAUUUCAAAUACAAAUUACCCCUUAGUACAUUAUUUAUCUAUAGAAAGAUUUUUUAGUUUUUUUUUUUAGACAAUAGACCAAUAUCUGAUCAUGUCUCCCUCAGCCUAUUUGAUUUUCCUACAAUAAGCCCACUCCCUAGCUACUUAGAGUGAAAUACAUGAUAGAUAUGGUAUGCAAACUAAAAUGAUAUCUGUUAUAAUUGAAAUGUAAACUGUUUAUUUAUGAAUAUAUACUUUCUGUCUUUGUGUAGUUCAGGCAUUUUCUGUCCAGUUCUACCAUCUGUACUGUUGAGUAGACUUACCUGAGGCCCUAUAUACCACACAGUAAUACUAACUCAAUACUGUAGUUCGACAUCAUUACAGUGACCUCUGGAACAGUCACUUUGUAUGUUGUUGUUUAUAUGUAUUUAAUUAUGGAGUUUGCUGACUUCUUACAACAUAAUAAAUUAUAUAGUAUCCAUAUU